AUGGACUACUUCAGAGCUGUCUACUUAGCUGACGAGCGCUCACCUCGUGCCCUCAAACUCACCACUGAAGCCAUACAUCUUAAUGCUGGGAAUUACACUGUAUGGCAAUUCAGGCGUCUUAUACUUGAGACACUUCAUGUUGAUUUGCAUGACGAAUUGGAUUUUGUUGGGGAACUUGCCAGAGACAAUACUAAAAACUAUCAAAUAUGGCAUCAUAGACGGUGGGUUGCUGAGAAGCUUGGAACUAAUGCUACAAGCAAGGAACUUGAAUUCACUCAGGAAAUUUUCUCCGAGGAUGCAAAGAACUAUCAUGCCUGGUCCCAUAGACAGUGGGUUCUUCAGACACUUGGAGGAUGGGAAGAUGAACUUGAAUACUGUGAUAAACUCCUUCGAGAUGACAUAUUUAAUAACUCUGCUUGGAAUCAGAGAUACUUUGUUGUGACAAGAUCUCCCGUCCUGGGAGGGUUGGAGGCCAUGAGGGAUUCUGAAGUAGCUUAUGCUAUAAAAGCCAUUUUAGCCAAACCCGAGAAUGAAAGUCCUUGGAGAUACCUUAGAGGCCUUUACAAAGACGACAUGCAAUCUCUGGUUAAAGAUCCCCGGGUAGCAUCUGUUUGUUUGGAUGUUUUGAUGAAUAAAAGAGAUUGUGUACAUGCUCUCAACAUGGUUUUGGAUCUUCUCUGCCAUGGUUAUGAACCAAGCAAAACUUUGGAAAAUGCGAUUGAUGCUCUAUGUCUGGACUCUGGUGUCUCUGACUCAGGGUUAACCGAGAGAGUUUGUUCGGUUUUGCAAGUUGUGGAUCGGAUGAGGACAAAUUAUUGGAAAUGGCGCAAGAGCGUGGUUCCCGUUUGA